AUGGAGCUAGAGGCAGGCCGCCUGCAAAAGCAGGCAAGAGGCCGCGUGUCGGCCGACGCGGGCAAGGGGAAGGGCAAGAAGGAGGGCCGCGCGCAGGGCGAAAAGCGCACCGACAGCAAUCUGGUGGACGACGAGGCUCUCCCGGUCGUGCUGAAGCUGCCGCUGAACUUGGGCGCCCGCGCCCGGCAGCAGGAAGCCGCGACGCUGACCACCCUCAUCGCGCCGGCUGGUCUGCAGCCGGUGCUGCUCGCCCGUAAGCGGGCCAAGGGCUGGGACGAGGUGGUCCAGGAGGCUCGCGCCGAGGCGAAGCCCGAGGCCGAGAUCGCCAAGCGCGGCGCGAUCUCAUUGGCACGCGCGGUGGGACUCGCGGACGGCCCGGUCAAGGAGGGGGAGGCGGUGGGACGUGCCAACAGCAUGGCCUUGACCGAGAUGAGGCAGCACGUGGACUCCUUGUCCAUGGACGCGGCGCCGGAGAUCUUCACGACGGCGAAGGUCAGCAGCGCCUACAAGGAGACAGACGUGAAGAUACAGCUCAACGUGAACGCGCAGACAACCGUGAUCGCCAACUACCUCGAACAGCUCGGAGCCGUUCGCGAACGCGGUGCGGCGCCAAUGAGCCAUCUCGAGCGCAUCCUGCACACCGGCCUGAACACCCACAACAUGAAGUAG